UUUUUUUGUUCAAGGCUUGAAUAUUUUGCACAAGAAACUACUGAUUUUUUGUCAAUAAAGUGUCAUGAAGAUGAAAAACAAGUAUAUAUAGCCAGAUGCUAAAAACUGGGCUCUAUGUGUUGUAAAGAGUGUCCCGCAAGCCGGAGACAAACGUGGAAGCUUUGCCGGCGUUCAGACCGCUGCCACACCUGCGUCUGACCGCCCUGGCACAUCUAAACCCCCCACUUGUAUCUCCUGCGCUUUCCAUCUAACGCGCCGCUUGCCGUGCCGCAUUCAUGCCGGCCCAGACAUUGAUGACCACGAUUUGAUCGGAUGGGAGGGCUGCACAGAUGGACGCGAUCUCUCACUACCGGCAUUGAAGCGGCGCACCGGCUGAGUCCUUGUCGCAUCUAAAUGGCCACAGACUACCCGUCUUCCUCCAUUAAAACCCAGCAUGUGGCGAGAAACCUACUCCGGCCACAAGUCCGUUCACGAGCCGCCCGUCAUUAAACACAACGUCAUUUGGCUCCAGUCGUCCCCUGCUAUUUAAACGAUGCCAGAUGCCUCACAAAUAUUGCACCACACUCCGCUCCCAUCUCAUCCCUGCACACCAUUUUCUCCACAAGCUCCAUGGCAUCCGGUGAGUAGGAAGCUUAGUUCUCCCGCAUAAAAGCUGGUUGGGUGGCUCGUCGAGCCCGCCGGAUACGAGCCAAGCAACUCUCUGAUUCACCUCCGCUAACGGUCCGCGGCUGCAGGGCAGCUCGUGGAGGCAGAAGCUCCAAGCCGGCGCGUCAUUCAACAACUCGCGCUCCAAGCCAGCUUGUUGAGAAGUGGUGUGUUGCUCCAGGCUGACACACGGUGGACCACGGCGGAAUAGGCAUCGCGGCUGCCAUGGACGACGUCGUGUAGCACCGCUCGGGGGGCUCACGACAGUCUGACGAGUGGGUUGACGGACAUGGGGCAGCGAGCCGCCCUUUGCGCUGAAGCAUAUACCUCCAGGGCCCACGGCAGUCCGACGAGCGGCUUGCCGGACAUGGGAAAGCGAGCCGCCCUUUGCGCUGAAGUAUAUACCUUCGGGGUUCACGACAGUCCAACGAGCGGGCUGCCGGACAUGAAGAAGACAAAGGGAUCUGUCGCAGCCGGCCGUAGACUAGUGUAGUGUAUUCGUGUCAUGGGAAUGUAGCUUCGUGCGGCCGGACAUGCACAUAAUUUUACCUAUUUUAGUUAAAAAUAUGUCCAGAAUAUAAUGAAUUUCGUCUAGUUAUAUGAAAUCCGUUGCGUUUGAUUGAAUUUCAUCCGAUUUGUUGAAAAAGUGUAUGAAAUGUAUACGGGCAGUGUUGGAUGGGGGUCUCCUGCAUCUGUGUCAGAUGACUGGUCCCCCAUUUUCGCGGACGGAUGAGGGAGGAAAUUUGCUGGUUCGCUUUGGAGAUGCCCUUAGGAACUACUCCUCCCUUCGACUUUUGUAUACAAGAUCACAUCAUAUUUUUAUGUCUAAUUUUGAACAUUAGUUGUAAGCUAUAUGGCACAAAAAACAUACCAUCGGAUGCAAGAAUUUUCCAAUGAUGUAUUUUCUGUCCAGAAUUAUUUAUCAUUUAAAUGAAUGUAUCUAGAUGUAUUUUAGUUCUAGAUACAUUCAUUUUCUUUCAUUUUGAUGACAAGUAAUUCUGGAUGGAGGGAGUAACUCAUACUUUCUAGAUGAAAAUUACAAGUUAUAAUUUAACACCAAAACGAAGUGACCUUGCUUUGUGCUGUGCCUGCGUGUUUGGUUCAGACCAUCGGAGCCAAUCCCCCCGCAGCCUAAACAACUUCCUUUAGAAUAUCCUAGACGAACUCGCCCCUCGCUCUCUCCCCCCGAACGCCGAGGACCCGAAACCCUAGACGAACCCCGAACUCCGGCCGCCUCCUCCACCCUGUCCGCAGUCUCCGGUCCACCUUUCGACGAGGGAGCGGCGAGAUGGUUCGCCGUCGUCCGGCCGGCGUCGGCCGCAAGCGGCGGCCAAGGAGACACGCAUUCCCGGCUCAGGAGGCUGACCUUGCUGUGAAACGCUACAUCUAUGGGAGAGUAAAGGACGACGAGUUAGAUGAUUAUGAGAUGCCAGAUUUUCUGGAGGAUGAGGCACCUGAUGUUUAUCUAAAGAACAAGGGACUAGUGACAAUCUACAACAAGACAGCUCAGAUACGCAGAAGACUUAUCAAGAUGCUGAUUCUGCGAAGGCAAAGGUCUGAAGAAGCCAUCUUCCUGGACGACAAGCUUGAGAUGUAUCUACAUGAGGCGAAGCUUAUACAAAAGCAAAUCAAAGCUCAGCGAGGUCGCUUCUUUAAGCUGCCCAAGAUCCUCGAGGAGGACAUUAUCCUUCUUAACUAGUGGACUCUUUCUGUAUCGUUACAGUGCCUACUUCUCGCUGUAAACCCAUCAACAAUUUUGUCCACCUCCCCUCGCAAAGUACUAGUCUUAGCUUCAUCAUACUGGAAGAGGAGAUUGUUUUGAUAAGUCUACUUCUUGCUGUAAACCCCAUCAAUUUUGUCCACCUCCCCUCGCACAAGUAUUAGUCUUACCUUCAUAUCAUCCUGGAAGAGGAGAUUGUUUUGAGAAGUGUUGAGCUGUUGUAACCAGGAAUUACGCGGUAGUUAUUUGCUAUGUUAAUUUUGACACUAUUUCUGUGCGUUA